AUGGACGGCCGGCCGAGCGUGAAGCUCCACUACCAUCAUCAGCACCGCCGCCAGUCCCCCCACGUAGACCAUCCGCUGCAUAGCCCCAGUAAAACCCGCCCCAGACGCUACCUCCCCCGGAUGUGCCUCUUCCUCUCCUCCGCGCUCUCGUCGAGCCGCCUUCUUCUCUUCCUCGCGGUCGGCGUCGCGUGUGUGUUCUUGUAUUCCGUGCUCGACAUACGAUUAGAUGGCGGCGCGACGGGGAACGAGGAAGGAGGUUCGGGAUUUGGUUCGGCAGCAGGAGAAUUCUCCAUCAGGUUCGGCAGCAACCGCGGAAGCAGUGGCAGCGGGGGAGGAUCGGGGGGGGGAUCGGCGGGGGGAACCGCGGGGAAGGCGUUUUGGGGGGAUUCAAGUCGAGCCGCGGCGGCGAUCGACGAUCUGCUCGUAGCGUCGAUGCGCAAAUCACGCUGGAGGGAUUUGGGGGAAUCCGCGCAACAGCUGCUGUGGUCUUCCCCCGAUCAGGGGAUCAGGGGAAGCCUUAUCGGUGGCGGGAAGGGCGGAGCCGGAGCGGGGAGCGCGGGGAGCAGCAGCGGGGGGGAGAGCCUGGCGGAACGGCGGAGGCUGAUGCGGUUAGGGUAUGACGGGGGAGAAGGGGAGGGAGCGGGGGAGAAAGGUGGAAAUCCGGACCUAUUAGGAGCCGCCAGCGCGAGAACCUUGCCCGCGUCUCUGAUUGGCUCGGGGAACCAGGGCUUACUGGGGAAUGCUGACGUGGACCGUGCUCUAAACGAGCGGCUGGCUCGCGAUGUGACUAUAGUGAUCAGCGCGAAGCACUCGUUCGGAACAGCAGCCGCGCAGCUAGACGCGAUUCUCGCGACCACUCCCCCCUGCCCCGUGAUUUACAUGAUCCCCGGCGCAAUGGACGCGCGCACGCGCGCGCAUGUCAGGCGCAGGCAAGCGGAGGGCGCGCGGGGGAUGUGGGGGGGCUGGGGCGGCGGAGGCGGAGGCGCAGGCGCGGGGGGAGCAGCGGGCGGCGGAUUAGGGUUUGCGGAUCCGGAUUUUGUUGGGGGGGAUGGUGGCGGGGGGAAUAGGCGGAGGCGGAAGGGCAGGGGGAAGGGGCGGGGGAAGGGGGCGGAAGUUCAGGGAGGGCGGAGAAUACUCGUUAAGGAAAUGGAGGAUGAAUAUGCAAGUGGGUACCUAAUGCGAAACGCAUCGUCAGAGUUAAUCCGCACAAAGUACGCCCUCUUUGUGUUCUCUGACGUGUUUCCGUAUCGACCCAACUGGUUGCAACAUCUGUUUAGAUUUGCCGAGAAGCAUCCUGAGGGGGUGAUUUUCUUGCCGUUCAUUUGGGAGUGGGGCGGGGAUGGGGGGGGCGGAGGGGUGAAGCUCAGGGCAGGGGGGCUCAGCAGAGGGGCGGGGGUGGGGGGGAGAAAAACGGCGACAUAUGGUGGUGCGACGAACCUGGGUGGUAGGCUCGGUGCCGGUGCUGCUGCAGGUGUGGCCACUGCUGCUGGCGCUGCUGGUGUGGCUGCUGGUGCUGCUAGUAGCGGUGGUGGUGGUGCUGGGGGGGGCAGCAUGGGCAGUGGAUCAGUGGCGAAGCAAGAGGGCCUUAAAGCCCAUGCAGCAUUCGCCUCAGACAUGCUAUUCGACGACUAUAGCAACGACGGGAAGCUCUACCCACAGCCAAUAGAAGACGUCCACGUGGCAGGCACCAGGGAUCCGAGCCUGCUGGACCCUCGGGAAUCUCCGGUAGGCGUGGAGGACCACUGCAUGCUGGUUCGGCAGUCGUUUCUUUCCGAAGCUGUUCUGUUCGACCCUAGGGUCGGGUACACCCGGCAGGAUUUGGAUUUGGCGCUUACCACACGGUAUUUUAACUACAAGUCUUACUUAGUGCCGCAGUCUAUUGUGGUAUACCACCACCCGUCUUCCAGCGUGGGAGCGCGGGAUUUGAUCUACUUUGCGCGGCAGAGCGGCGCCGACGUGUGCUCGGCCAAUCAGGUGUUUCUGCGGCACAAGUGGGGGAUUAUAACGGGGCAGCAGUGUAGAGGGUUCGUGGACGCGACUUUAAGGGGCCAUGUGUGGACGACAGAGGGCCAGGAAGGGGAUGGCGAAGCAUGGGAGGUGAACGGUGCAGGUGCUGCAGGCAAUGCUGCUGGUGCUGGUGGGGAGGAGGGUAGUGCAGGGAAAGGGGGGCUUGAGGCAAGUGGAAAGGGUACUAGCCUUGACAGCAGCAGCAGCAGCAGCAGCGCCACCCCUACCGCACGUUUUCUCAUUCCCAAGAGCCAAUCAGAGCAGGCUCAGCUCGUCCUCGCCUUCUUCUCAUUGGUCGGCUUCAACCGCUUCCAGAUGCGCAAUCUGCCAGCCUGGCAACCCCUGCCACCCGCGCUGCCCGCUGUCUGCCACGUCAGGGACAGGACGCUGUGCCAGAUUGCGAUCCCCUGGAUGGCUGUUGCCGCCCGGUUCAUUCCGUUUGUGGACCGACUGGCAACGCUGCCAGAUGCAUUGGCAGAAAAUGCCAAAUCUGCCACCGCCGCCACCACUGCUGCUACUGCUGCUGCUGGUGCUGCCCCUGGUGCCGGUGGGAAGGGAGUGGUUCUUUCUGGCAAUAGGAAUGGUACUAGUGGCAGUGCUGCCGAGGCUGAGGUUCGGGGAGAGCCGGAGCUGUGGUUCGGCCGAGCCGAGGAGUACCCGAGCCUGCGGGUGAAUCGGGUGGAGGAUCUUUGGCGGGCGGCGUCGCUACGGGACGGACAACUCUUCAUGAUUCGGCACGGAGUGGUGAAGCACGGGGAGAAGCAUCCAGGAAGGCGCGCCCCCGAAUUACCCUUUUUAAUGAGGCUAUACCAUCCGUUUCUGCUGGUGGAAUUGGAAAUGCGGGUGUUUUCUGGGGCAGGUGGGGAGGGGAUGGGGGGCGGUGGGGGGAAAGGGGAGGAGGAUAACGGGUGGUGGAUGGAGGGGAGUGAGGGAGGGGUGGAGGAAGGAACGGGGUCGAGAGGGGGGCGGGACAGGAGUAAGAGGACGGGAGGGGCGGGGAAAACGGUGUUGGAAUCGAGUCUGUUUGAUGGGUUGUCUGUGACAACCCCAAUGCAACCCAACCCCAAGGCACGCUACUAA